AUGUCAAGUUACGUUGGUGUGGUGGUCUCUGAUCCAUGGUUACAUAGCCAAUUCACACAAGUCGAGUUACGUACCCUUAAAUCCAAGUUUAACUCAAAUAAAACGCUCUUGGAUCGUUUCACCGUUGGAGAUUUACCUCCGGUUUUCGCAAAGUUGAACGCUUUUAGUGGCACCUUUGAUGAGGAUGAGAUCAAAUCUGUAUUGGACAAGUCUUAUUCCAAUACUACUGAUCAAGAAGUCGAUUUCGAGACUUUCCUCCGGGCGUAUUUAAGUGUGCAAGCCCGGGGAGUGGAAAAGUCAGGAGGAUCAAAGGCUUUUUCUUCUUCAUUCCUCAAAACUAGCACCACCACGGUUCACCAUGCCAUUAACGAAUCCGAGAAGUCUUCCUAUGUUUCCCAUGUCAAUAGUUACUUGAGAGAUGAUCCUUUCUUGAAGUCUUACCUACCUAUCGAUCCUGCUACUAAUUCUUUCUUUGAUCUUGUUAAAGAUGGUGUUCUUUUGUGUAAGCUUAUAAAUCUUGCUGUUCCUGGGACCAUCGACGAACGAGCUAUCAACACAAAGAAAAUUCUGAACCCAUGGGAGAGGAAUGAGAAUCUUACUCUUGGUCUCAAUUCUGCCAAAGCAAUUGGCUGCACUGUGGUCAACAUUGGAACACAAGACAUUGCUGAAGGAAGACCAUAUCUCGUACUUGGUUUGAUCUCUCAGAUUAUUAAGGAUGCGGAGGAGCUCAUGGGAUUGGCUCCUGAAAAAGUAUUGCUGAAAUGGAUGAAUUUUCAUCUGAAGAAAGCUGGUUAUGAAAAGCAGGUUACCAAUUUUUCUUCUGACGUGAAGGAUGGCGAGGCGUAUGCGUAUCUGCUUAAUGCUCUUGCUCCAGAACACAGUACACAUUUGGCAUUAGAGACCAAAGACCCUACAGAAAGAGCGAAGAAAGUUCUUGAACAGGCUGAGAAGAUGGAUUGUAAAAGAUACCUUUCUCCAAAGGAUAUAGUGGACGGCUCUGCAAAUCUUAACCUUGCAUUUGUGGCCCAAAUAUUUCAACACAGGAAUGGAUUGACUGAUGACAGUUCAAAGUCGACUUCAUUUGCUGAGAUGAUGACAGAUGAUGUGGAAACUUCACGAGAAGAAAGAUGUUUCCGCCUCUGGAUUAACAGUCUUGGAACUGCUACUUAUGUCAACAAUGUUUUUGAGGAUCUUAGGAAUGGAUGGGUUCUUCUCGAAGUUCUUGAUAAAGUUUCACCUGGCUCGGUCAACUGGAAACACGCAAAUAAACCUCCCAUAAAAAUGCCAUUCAAAAAGGUUGAGAACUGCAACGAAGUCAUUAAGAUUGGGAAAGAGCUGCGCUUCUCGCUUGUAAAUGUAGCUGGUAACGACAUUGUGCAAGGAAAUAAGAAACUCCUCCUCGCUUUCCUGUGGCAACUAAUGAGAUAUACAAUGCUCCAACUUCUGAAGAACUUGAGAUCUCACUCGGAAGGUAAAGAAAUUACAGAUGCCGAUAUUCUAAACUGGGCGAAUAGGAAAGUGAAACGAGUGGGACGAACUUCUCAGGCAGAGAGCUUCAGGGACAAAAAUCUGUCAAGUGGAAUCUUCUUUCUGGAGCUUCUGACUGCGGUAGAGACACGAGUUGUCAACUGGAGCCUCGUUACCAGUGGAGAAACAGAGGAAGAUAAGAAGUUGAACGCCACAUACAUAAUCAGUGUUGCAAGGAAACUCGGAUGCUCCAUAUUCUUGUUGCCUGAGGAUAUCAUAGAGGUGAACCCGAAGAUGAUGCUUAUUCUGGCUGCUAGCAUCAUGUACUGGAGCCUCCAGCAACAAUCAGACACAGAGUCGAAUGUCUCAGAAGAUGCUGCUGACGAAGGCGAUGCAAACUCUGCUUGUGGUGAAAUCUCCAACUUGUCCCUUGAUGAAGAGGCUUCUGAGUCUUCUCCAGUUGUGACAACGGCAGACGAGGAUAAGGAGGAGGUUAAUGGUGAUGGUGAGAAUAAUAAUGAUGCUUAA